UCAUUCGGAUGUGUAAAAUCAUCGACAAGACGUGUCUAUCACCCACACCAACAUUGGAGCAGCACCUGAUGUGGGAUGAUAUCGCUAUCCUGGCCAGGUACAUGCUUAUGCUGUCCUUCAACAACUCUCUGGAUGUUGCCGCCCACCUGCCCUACCUCUUCCAUGUCGUGACCCUGCUGGUGGCCACGGGGCCUCUUUCGCUGCGGGCAUCCACGCAUGGCCUGGUUAUCAACAUCAUCCACUCCCUCUGCACAUGCUCCCAGCUGAGUUUCAGCGAGGAGACCAAGCAGGUGUUGCGUCUAAGUCUGACAGAGUUCUCCCUGCCAAAGUUCUACCUGCUGUUCGGCAUCAGCAAGGUCAAAUCAGCUGCGGUCAUCGCCUUUCGUUCCAGCUACAGGGAUCGUUCGUUUCCUCCGGGCUCCUACGAGAGAGAGACCUUUGCUCUGUCAUCCCUGGAGACGGUCACAGAGGCAUUGCUGGAGAUCAUGGAGGCAUGUAUGAGGGACAUUCCAGGCUGUAAAUGGCUGGACCAGUGGACCGAUCUGGCUCAGAAGUUUGCAUUUCAAUACAAUCCGUCCCUGCAGCCGCGGGCUCUUGUGGUGUUUGGUUGCAUCAGUAAACUGGUCACACACACUCAAAUUAAACAAAUCAUACGGAUCCUGAGCAAGGCCAGCCCUCUCCUCAGCAUCGACCGGGGUUUAGAGAGCUGCCUGAAGGGUCCUGAUAACUAUAACAGCCAGGUGCUGAUCGAAGCUACCGUCAUUGCCCUCACUAAACUACAGCCUCUGCUCAACAAGGACUCACCGAUGCACAAAGCACUAUUCUGGGUUGCUGUGGCUGUGCUGCAGUUGGAUGAGGUGAAUCUGUACUCCGCUGGAACUGCUCUGCUGGAACAGAACCUACACACACUCGAUAGUCUGCGAGUCUUCAAUGACAAGAGUCCUGAGGAGGUUUUCAUGGAGAUUCGUCAGCCUCUGGAAUGGCACUGUAAACAGAUGGACCAUUUUGUUGGUCUCAACUUCAGCUCCAACUUUAAUUUCGCUUUGGUCGGGCACCUGCUGAAAGGGUUUAGACACCCAUCUCCCACCACAGUGGCACGCACCAUCCGGAUCCUGCACAUACUGUUGGCCUUGGUUGGAAAACACCUGAACUGUGAUAAGUUUGAGGUGAACACAGAGAGCGUUGCAUAUCUGGCAGCUCUCCUCCCAGUGUCAGAGGAAGUGCGUAGCCGCUGCAGCCUGAAACACAGGAAGUUGUUGCUCCUCUCUAAUUUUAACAUGGAGAAUGCUCCCAUGGAUACAUACUCCAUACAUCAUGAGGAUCCUAGCUGCAGAACGCUGUGGGAAAGCCAGCUGUGGGCAUCCCCAAAGGCCUCAGAGCGGUACUUGGUGGCCCAGUACCCCAUAGUGGGGCAGAUCAGCCCAAGAACACGCAAAUCCAUGAGCCUGGACAUGGGGCAACCUUCCCAGGUCAACUCCAAGAUGCUUCUAGGUACCAGAAAAAGUUUUGACCACCUGAUAUCAGACAGCAAAGCACCGAAGAGGCCUGAAAUGGAAUCUGGUAUCACAACACCGCCCAAGAUGAGAAGAGUGGCUGAAAACGAAUAUGAAAUUGAAACCCAGAGAAUCUCGCAUCACCACCUCCGGAAGGUCUCGGUGACUGAGUCCAACAUCCUGCUAAAUGAGGAAGUUCUCACAGAUCCCAAAAUCCAGGCGCUACUUCUUACAGUGCUGGCCACUCAGGUGAAAAACACAUCGGAUGAAUUUGAGCAGAGGAUCUUGUAUGAGUUUCUAGCUGAGGCCAGUGUUGUCUUCCCAAAGGUCUUUCCUGUCGUUCACAACCUCUUGGACUCAAAGAUUAAUACUUUGCUGUCGCUGUGUCAGGACCCAAAUCUUCUGAACCCAGUCCAUGGAAUUGUGCAGAGUGUAGUUUAUCAUGAAGAGUCGCCACCUCAGUACCAAACGUCCUACCUGCAGACUUUUGGGUUUAAUGGACUCUGGAGGUUUGCUGGUCCUUUCUCUAAGCAAACUCAGUUCCCAGACUAUGCGGAGCUGAUUGUCAAGUUUCUGGAUGCACUGAUUGACACCUAUCUGCCGGGCAUCGAUGACGAAACGAGCGAGGAGGGUCUGCGCACACCCACCUCUCCAUACCCUCCACCUGUUCAGAGCCAGCUCAGCAUCACUGCCAACCUCAACCUCUCCAAUUCAAUGACCUCACUGGCCACCUCCCAGCAUGCACCAGGAACCGAUAAAGAGAAGGUGGAUCUGUCCCCCACCACGGGUCUGGCAGCCAGCGGACGCACACGCCACGGUUCAGCCAGCCAGGUCCAGAAACAACGCAGCACCGGCAGCUUUAAAAGACCUAGUAUCAAAAAGAUUGUAUGAGACCUACAGCACAGCAGGGUUUAGCCCCUGCUGGACAUCUGACAUACAUUGUGCUGCAUUUUAUGCGGUUUUUGUUCACUCCUGCUAAACCCGCCGUUUACGGUAAUCUGUAGGUUCUCUUGAAACUGUUAAGCCGUGUCUGCCAGGAUCAAAAUAAACUGAACGCCUCUGUUUUUAAACCAGUCACUGUUUUUUACACAGGAUGGGAGAAAGUCCCAUAUUUUUUUAUUUUAUUUUGUUUGUUCACAACAGAACUUUAACUUGUUUUUUUUAUAUAGAUUUGAUGGAAUCACAGACAUUGCCUAAAGGUGGUGUCCUGAGUAUUUUAUUUAAAAGCACUAAUUUCUGUCUUAAAUUUAAAAGAUAAAUGUAUUAACCAAGUGCCAUUUUUUUGUUCAAUUGUAUUUGAUUUGAUUUGCUUAACUAUGUUUACGUUUUGUUUUUGUUUGCAUCUUUUGUGGUUGUUUCUUUGUAUGGAAGGAAUAAUUUAGUUUCCUGGAGAGUCCCCUAAAACAAAAAUGUACAAAAUUAACUGCAGAAAUUAACCUUUAAUAGCCUUUAAAUUGUCUAGUAUAUAAAGUAUUCAUUAUAUUAUAGUAUUAAUAUAGUAAAACAAUAUUUAUAAGUUGCUGGUCCACCCAAACUACGAUCCCUAUCCCAAACCCAACAUACUUUACCUAAAUGCUUUGUGAAUUUCUGAAUUCUGAUUGGCCUGAUCUAUCUGAAAUGUAUUAGCUGUUAUUUGUCAAUCUAUUACAGCUCUUGUGGUGGUUAUGAUCUGUCAGUUUUGGAUUAGAGGGGAGAGAUUGAAGACUGAAUGUAAUUUAGCAUAUAAAAAAGCAGUUUUGCAGGAAAAAAUAAUCAGCUGUCAACUGAAAAAGCAUUCAGAU